CACCAAUCUGACAAUUUCCACGUUGCCUUCUCCUCUCUAUCUCCCUAUAUAAACCUCCAUUUGCUACUCCUCUCACAGCAACACAUAUCUAAUCUUUCCCCCCAGUUUCUACAAAAGAUUUGAAUUUCAUUCUUUUCCAAGGGAUAUGGCAGCAUACGCCCAAAGAUAUAUACUGCUGGUGCUUUGUGCUUUCAUGUUGAGAGUCAGUGUAGCCAAACAUGACUCCCACCCCCCUAAAUGCACACGUACUCCUAAGAAGAUUGUUGUAGGCGGUUCCGCCAAGUGGACUUUCGGCUUUGAUUAUACCGAUUGGGCUUUCAGGAAUAGCCCAUUUUAUGUUAAUGAUACCCUUGUAUUCAAGUAUAAACUACCAAAAGAUAACAGCACGCAUCCUCAUAGUGUAUACUUGCUACCAAAUCUAAGCAGUUUCGUUACAUGCAACCUGACUAAGGCCGUCAAGGUUGCGGAUGGGAAGCAGGGAGGCGGUAAGGGGUUCAGGUUUGUACUGAAUAAAUGGAAACCUUACUACUUUGCCUGCGGUGGAGGUGACGGCAUCCAUUGCGGUCUUGGGCAAAUGAAAUUCUAUGUGCUGCCGCUGCUUCGUGGUUAACGCUGCUGAUCCGAGAAUUUUUAUCCUUUAAUUUCACGUUUGGUUGCUAACAAUAUUGUUGGGAUUUUAUUAUGCGUUGAUCAUUUUGUGUGUCGUAUUUAGUUGAUGUUGGAGAUUUCAGAUCGUGAGCUAUAAAAAAAGACAUUUACUGAA